UAUCAGUCGACAUUAGAAAGAAAAUUGCCACGGAAGGGAAUAGCUAAACACUCUCUUACACUUUCAGGGCGUUAAGCAAUGGAUGAUAUGAGCACAACAUCUAGGGUGUUAGCUCCAUCAGGCGAUCCUAGUGCCAUAAGCAUGCGGCAGCAACCACCGCCACCAAUUUAUAUAACUUAUGGGCCACCACCAGCUCCCCCACCACUACCACCACUAAGUUCUUCAGAAUUGUUCAUAAGAGCACCACCACCACUCAGUCAUCCUUGUCAGGAUCUACUUUCUGGAAGAGAAGACUACAUCAAUACUUGCGUUCCUUUAUACCAAGCUUCAUUUAAUGGAGAUUGGGAAGCAGCAAAAAUCAUCCUUAAUAAACGAUCAGAGCUGGUACGAUAUAGCAUCACCCACAAUUUUGACACUGCACUUCACAUUGCAACAGCUGCCCAACACACCAAGUUCGUUGAAGCUCUUGUGGAAUUAAUGGACGCAAAGGACUUGGAACUUCAAAAUAUUCACGGCAACACAGCUAUAUGCUUGGCAGCUUCAGCUGGAAACGUGGAAAUGAUUAGAACUAUGGUGCACUGGAACAAGAGACUACCGACCAUCCCUGGUGCUCAAGGAAUGAUGCCACUGUACAUGGCUGCAUUAGUCGGAAACCAUGACUCGGUCAAUUAUCUAUAUGAUGAUUCUGAUAAAAUGACCGGUGACUUUUGGAUGCAUCGAAAUCGGGUUUGGGUCUUAAUAAAAUGCAUCGAGGCUGAUCUUUUUGAUAUUGCACUAAAGAUAGUAGUUGACCGGCCGGAAGUUGCACCAAAUGUGGGUGUACUUCUAGCUUUGGCUCAAAAGCGUCAUGCCUUUGACGAUAUGAAACCAAAUAUUUUUCAGGGAAUUGUUAAAUCAAUUGAAGUGAAGUUAGGAGAUACAGAAGCGAGAAGGGAAGCCAUGAAGAUGAAAUUAGUAAGACUGAUUUGGAAAAAUAUUAUGAGAAUGCCUAAGAAGUUUGUUGACGAGUUACUCAGAGGCCCCCAUGACACAAUGAUGAAAAAUGGAAAGGCAGUCCUGGUUAUGAAAGACGGAAAGCGGAUGUAUUCUUCCAGAAUACUAUUUGUUGCUGUAGAAAUGGGAAACACUAAUUUCGUGAUCGAGCUCAUUAGUCAAUAUCCUGAACUUAUAUGGGAGCUAAAUGAUAACAACCAAAGCAUAUUUCAUGUUGCUGUCUCUCAUCGUCAGGAGAGAAUCUACAAUUUAUUAUAUGAUAUUGGCUCCAUGAAGGAUAUGAUAACUCCUCUCAAAGACCCCGAAGGAAAUAAUAUGUUGCAUUUGGUUGGGAAGGAGGCAGAGAAAAACCUACUUCAGAAUGUCUCGGGAGUCGCUUUUCAAAUGCAACGAGAAUUAUUGUGGUUCAAGGAAGUAGAGGCUAUGAUACUUCCUUCUUUAAGAGAAAAAAGGAAUGCAGCUGGCCUAACACCUCAUGAAUUAUUCACCGAGAACCAUAAGCAGCUAGUUUCUAAAGGUGAAGAGUGGAUAAAAGGAACAGCUAACCAAUGCAUGGUGGUUGCUGCACUUAUAGCCACCAUGGUAUUUGGGGUAGCCUUUUCAAUUCCUGGUGGGUACCACCAAGACACUGGCCUUCCAAUGUUUAUCCGAAAAGAAAUCUACAUUGCCUUUGUCAUAUCCGAUGCUAUUUCUUUGUUCUCCUCUUCAGCUUCAAUCCUCAUGUUCUUAUCCAUGCUAACAUCUCGUUAUGCUGAGCAAGAUUUCUUAGAAGUAUUACCCAAACAACUAAUGAUAGGUCUAGCAACACUUUUCCUCUCCAUAAUGACCAUGAUGGUUGCUUUUAGUUUCAGCUUCUUCGUGCUUUACCAUAACAUGUUGAUCUGGGUGCCGAUAUCUAUUGCUGUGGUUGCUGCAAUACCGGUUAUUUUAUUUGCUAAACUGCAGUAUCCUCUUUUGAUGGAUAUAUACGGCUCAAUAUAUGGUUCAAGGUAUAUCUUUAAACCAAAGAAACAUAUGCUUCAGAAUCGGAAUCCAAGGUGGUAAAUGUUGUCUUUAGUCUUGAAUAUGAAGUUCCAUUUGCAGAUUUUCUUUCAAGCCUAGCUAUUUAUUAAAACAUCAGUAACUAUGUAUGUGAAUGAUUACAUUCCAUUUUCUUUGUAAUGUUGAUUUUAGCCGUGCGAUUGGUAUCCUGCAA